AUGGGAUCAGAGAGUCCUAAGGUCAGUGAGGAAGAGGAUGAGAUAAAGGUUGAAACCCUUCCGAUUCGAGAGUUAGAGAGAGACAAGCUUGCUUUUCACCUUCUGUUUCUUUUUUGUUCUUCUCGACCUUUCUUUCUUUCUUUCUCUUUUGUCUUUCAUUCACAUGAGAUAUUGCUUAUUUUGGAGAAGUGGAAGAGAGGGGAGAAGGGAGGUUUAGUGUGGGAUGGGAAUAAGAGGAAGAGGAAGAGGAAGGAUAUGGCAUGGUGCAACAAUGACUGUGGUGACGAUGACAGAGUUGUUGUUGUUGAGCGGCGGAGCUCUUCGCCGUCGACCACCACCACCACCGCCGCCGCCGCUCUCAUCUCUCAUGAGAAACACGUUCAAACCCACUUCAUCAUCUGCCCUUCGUGUGGACAUCGGAUUUCAUCUCAUGAACAGGCGGGAAUUCAUGAGUUGCCGGGUUUACCGGCCGGAGUGAAGUUUGAUCCGACGGAUCAGGAGCUGUUAGAACAUUUGGAGGGGAAGGUGAGAUCUGAUAUUGAAAAACGUCACCCACGUAUUGAUGAAUUCAUCCCUACCCUUGAUGGGGAGAAUGGAAUCUGUUACACUCAUCCAGAGAAGUUACCAGGGGUAAGCAAGGAUGGUCUAAUUCGCCAUUUCUUCCAUCGACCUUCAAAAGCAUACACAACAGGGACUCGGAAGAGGAGGAAGGUGCACACAGAUGCUGAUGGUGGAGAAACUAGAUGGCACAAAACAGGCAAGACUAGACCAGUUUUUGAAGGGGGAAGAGUGUUGGGGUACAAGAAAAUACUAGUACUCUAUACUAACUAUGGGAAGCAAAGAAAGCCUGAGAAAACAAGCUGGGUAAUGCACCAAUACCACCUUGGGAAUAGUGAGGAAGAGAAAGAUGGAGAAUUAGUGGUGUCUAAGGUAUUCUAUCAAACACAACCUAGGCAAUGUGCUUCAGUUGUUAAAGACUCACUUCCCAUUGACAGCUCUAAUAAUUUAAGGGACCCAUCAACCUUAGUUGAUUUCUAUAAUCCUUCACUAAUCUCUUAUGAUCAAGCAACCCAUGCUAGAACAAGCCCUUCUCAGCUGAUACCAAAUUUCAUGGUCCAUGCUGAUGGGUCUUCAUUUCUUCAUUGAAGGAUCUUUCUCUUUCUCUCUCUCAAUUCUAACCAUCAACUAAAAAAGGGAAACAAAUGAAGUCAUGGGCUUGUUCUUUGUUGUGUAGUAAUGAAAAUAAAUUAUUUUUAUUGAUAUUUUCUAGAGGAGCUAAAAAAGAGGGAAGGAAUAAACCAAGCUGGAUUCUUUAGGAGUUUGUAAGGGUUAAAAGGGGAAAAGCAAAUUGAAGAUUCUG